ACGGUACGCUUUGCGGCAGCAUGUCUAACCCGCUCGUCUUCGCCUGUUUACAGGUAAGCAAUAGGACCAGUAGCAUGCGGAGCAACUGCUUGUGCCUAGUUGUCGUGCCGUGCCCCCACAAAGUGCUUUCUGUGGUAGCAGAGUGUCUAGACGUGAUAAGGCAACUUCUUCUUCUAUGCGGUGAUGUUGAGCUCAAUCCUGGGCCAACCUACACGCUGGAGGAAAAGGUGUCGAUGAUACUUGAUGGCCAAAAGGAUCAGACGAGAACGUUAAACGAUAUAAAACGAGAUCAGCGAUCUCUACAGAAAUCAGUGAAUGAAAAUACCGAAAAUUUUAAAAGCCUAGAUGUUAGAAUGAUAAGGUUGGAAUCGGCAAUUCACAAGGCAACUGAACUGGAAGCAGUGGUCCGAGACCUGACAAAAACUGUCCAACUACUAGUGCGUAAGGUAGAUGACCUCGAAAACCGCUCCAGACGCAACAACCUCAUCAUAUUUGGAUUAAACGAAGCAGAAAACGAAACGGCUUUGGAACUAACGCAGACCGUCCAGGCUAAUGUUUUUCAAAGAGUUAACGUAAAUCCCGAAAGUAUCGAACGCAUUCACCGUCUUGGUAAAAAGCGGCGAAGCCCACGGCCUACAGUAGCAAGUUCAAAGUUUAAGAAAAUGCCUUUGGGACUCCGCAAGAGAUGA